CUUUGCAGAAACAUUACACUUCAUUCAAGCAGGACCCACUCCUGAAAACAAAGAUGCUUGAGUACUUUAUGUAACCUGCUCAGAAUGACAAGCAGCACAAGGGGCCUGAGACGGCAAUUUGUGAACAGCUACAUUAAUAGCCAACAGACGUUCAGCAGAUUCAGCACAUACAUGUAAUAUUUUUGACAGCAGUUUUGCUACAGCUUUUGAUUGAAAAAAAACUAUGGCAGUUGGACAAUCAGCAAACAGUGUGGCCAACAUGUGCCAUAGCCUGAGACUUUGCUGAAUCCUGGAAGAGAAUUUGUUCUACUUAAAGACGAGCGAUGAGAUCACCUUAACAUGAGUUGGUAUUUAAUGACAAAUUCUACAGUUCACUAGCAUUUUUGUGUGUGUUUUUCGCACAAAAAAUUGCACGCUUAUCUUCGGAGCAAAUCAUCUCUUGUUUUUGGUCAUCAUGGAAACUACACCGUCAACUGAUGAAGGAAUAAUUGUCACUUCAAACACAACAGAAGACAAUGUUGAGAAGGAACUCACAUCAACAACAUUGUUGAUUUUGGUAAAAGUUAUGGCAGUACUUGCAAUCUUUCUCUGUGUCUUACUGAAUCCACUGAUGCUUGUCACCUUACGUCGUGUCACCAGCAUCCAGCCAACAACCAAAAUAUUCAUGGCUUCUCUCACCCUGUCUGAUCUGUGCAACAGUUUAUGCUGGAUCCUUCCUUUAACAGAAUUGUUUGCUGGAUCCUGGUUGCUGGGGGAUUUCCUCUGUGUGGUAUAUAGUGUGACUAUUUACUUAUUUAACGGGCUGGGCAUUUAUUCUCUUUUACUCUUGACUGUGGAUCGCUAUAUUGCAAUUUCCCGUCCUUUGCGUUACCCUUCAAUCAUGACUGUGUUCAGAUCAAAAACAAUUGUGUUUAGCACGUGGGCAGCAGUGAGCAUUAUAUGUAUUUUGGGAUUGGGGAUUCAUGGGAAAAAGGUUGUCUCAUUAGUUAGCAAACAUAACCUUUGCCUCAGAGAAUCAUAUGAGUGGAGACAAUAUCUAAGUGUUACACUACUUGUUUUCACAAUUCUAUCAAUACUCAUCAUGUAUGCACACAUCGCUGUGAUAGCUCGUAAUCAAGCCAGACGCAUUGCUGCUGAAAACCAAGCAGGCAAUGGUCAAGGUGGACAGAGAAUAAACACCAGAUCAACCACCACCAUCAUCAUCAUAACAGGGACUUUAAUCAUCACCUGGAUUCCAUCAGUGAUCAGGUUAGUGAUCGAUUCACAAAACCAAUGGGAGCCUUAUGACAGUUACUUGGCCAUGAUGUUCACAAAUGUUCUGCUGCUGUGCAAUGGCUGGCUGAAUGUUAUGAUUUACUACCUGAGGAAUAGGGAUCUUCGUCAGGCAAUGCAUGCUUUACUAUCUGACUGGCAUCGAAGUCUGCAACAAAGAUUCUUGCAUUAACUUUACAACACAGUUGGAAUGCAUUACAGAAUGCUUACAACUAUUUGCCAGCUUAACGAGACUCUAGAUUGUCAAAGAACACUGUAGAAUCAGAUGAUUCUUUGCUACAGCCGAUGCAUCAGCUG